ACGUGUCCAAUGCCGAGACAACACGAGGCUAUCAGCUGAUUUUCGAAGGUUGUUAUCAACGCCAUGUAACUGAGGUAUCUCUUGCCCACUCAUAAUACAGCGUACAACGCUUUAACGUGGGUAUUGCACAUUGCACGCUAGUUGCAUACAUACGAUAUGCACUGAAAUAAUAUUAGAGACAAGACUAACUUAAGGAGACGCACGGAUUGGAAAUCGAGCAGGAGCAAUAUCCGGAGAAAAGCGAUGAACUCGCAGGCUGACGUCAGAUCGGGGAUGCCCAAAGCCCAAGUCAAUGGUGGAGCAUCGACAAGAAGAGCAAUAGUAACUGUUGGACUCAUCUUUAUAGCCUCAUUAACUUCAUUAUUUUAUGUAUAUACGAGUUUUCCAGAAUUAAAAGAAGAUGAAAGACAACAUAUGAAGCUGCCGCUUCACAUAGAAGAUGCCAAGAACUUGGGAAAACUGUUAGAACGAUACAAGGACUUGUAUUACUUCCAAGUACUGGCUGGGCUAUUCGUCACUUACAUCUUCCUGCAAACGUUCGCCAUUCCUGGCUCCAUCUUUCUCUCGAUCCUGUCUGGAUUUCUAUUCCGCUUUCCGAUUGCGCUACUGCUCGUGUGUACGUGCAGUGCGAUCGGCGCAACUCUAUGCUACCUACUGUCCUCAUUGCUGGGCAGACGGUUGCUGUACAGAUACUUUCCGGAAAAGGCGAACGAGUGGACGAUUACCGUGAGCAAGCAUCGCGAUAAUCUGCUAAACUAUAUGUUGUUCCUCCGGAUGACGCCGUUUCUGCCCAACUGGUUCAUCAAUCUGGCCAGUCCAGUGAUCGGUGUGCCAAUAAUGCCGUUCACCGUUGGCACCUUCUUCGGCGUUGCACCACCCUCCUUUGUCGCCAUACAGGCGGGUCAGACGUUGCACAAGCUUACAUCGUCAAGCGACGCGUGGUCGUGGAACAGUGUAAUCAUAUUGUGCGUGUUUGCGUUACUUUCCUUGUUACCUGUGCUGUACAAGCAGAAACUCAAGCAGAAGUUCGAAUAAAGACCAGAACGCUCUUUUGACGAUACCCUCAAAGUGAUAGUCCGAUAUUACACGAGGGAAGUUCUUCGAUUGUGUCCGUGAAGUGAAAUCUUCUGUCGAGAUAUUCUAGCGGUAUCUUAAGAAAUUGAGAAAAAAUUAUAUCAAAUGUGAAUAAUGUUGGGAUUAGGGUCAACUUUCGCGCACCGUGUAUGCAAUCAUUUGUAUUUGGACAUUGGAUCAUGUAUACAGGAUAGUAGGACAAAUUUCCAGGAGCACAAUUUCCGCAUAACUUAUUUAUUAUUGUUUAUAAUUUAUUUCUACAAACAUGUGUCUUAUAGAUUAUGUCAAGUCACAUCGUUUAAAAAUGACACUUAAAUAUAUAGGUAAAGGUGAAAA